AUGAAUAAAGAGGAUUUAGCCGUAAAAAAUAAUGCUGGCAAUACGGCUUUUUUUCUUGCAGUUGCGUCCGAGAGGGUUGAAAUUUUCAAGGCUAUGAUGAAGAAGAAUGAAGACAGAGUAAAGAUUAGAGGGGCCAAUGAUAUUUUACCGCUUCAUAAGGCAGCUCUAAUUGGAGACAAAGAGACGGUAGAAUACCUUUAUGAAGCCACUGCUGAUGUGAUAUUAGAUCAUGAUAAUGAUCUCAUCGAAUUGCUUAUCAGCCUCAUAAACCGCGGCUGGUAUGAUAAUGAUGUAAAAAGAGACGUGAUAAAGAGAUGUCAGUCCAUGCUUAGGAUGCAGCGAGUGAAGGAGAGGAAUAAGCUGAGCUUAGGGGAUCAAAUGAAUGAGAAGGAGCAACAUAUUAAUGAGAAAAAGCAAAGGAGGAGGAAAAGGCUGGGCUGGAGGUAUCGAGCUUAUGAGGCACAAAGUCAAGUGCAUUAUAAAGAAGGGAACAAUAUCUUGCAUUUGGCUGCAAAGUUGCCACCAGUAGAUACACCUGAUAUUGAAUCGCCUGUAGUAACUUGUCUAUUGGAAAGGGAGAUAUGGUGGUUCGAGGGAGUGAAGAGAAUUUUACAUCCAGUGGUAGCUGAAGCUAAAAAUAAUGAAAGGAAAACUCCUAGAGCUUUAUUUACUGAACAGUACAAAGAGUUAAGGGAAAAAGCUGAUAAAUGGACCAAGAAGACUGCAAAUGCCUGCAUCAUGGUGUUAGCAAUUAUUGCCACCGUGGUCUUUGCUGCACUUUUCACUGUACCAGGUGGUACCAAGGAAAAUAUAGGGACUCCAAAUUUUUUGCGAAGAGCUUCCUUCAUAGUUUUUGCAAUAUCAGAUACUAUAGCAUUACUUGUAACACCCGACUUGAGGUACGUACUUAAGAUUGUCUGUAUUACUUAA